AUGGCUCAGAACCAGACAGAAAAGGGCGAGGGGCAGGAUUUGGGGCCAGUGGAGCCGGGGGAGAGGAAAGAGGCGAGGGGAGAGAGUAAAGGGGAGAGCGAAUUUACAGAGAGCGAGGCGCUGUCCUAUAACCCCAAAGACAAGGAGAACCAGAGUGCCCUGAUCCGGGUGGGACGGAGGAUACUGGGAGUCUUUAAACCCAUCGGUCUGACGCUGCGCAGGCUGCUGCUUCGAUUUGGAGAAGACUGGAUCUUUCUGUUCCUGCUUGGAAUCAGCAUGGCCACCAUCAGCUUCGGGCUGGACGUCACCAUCGCAAAGUUACAGAGAAUGAAUCUCUGGGUGUAUGACGCCCUCAGCCAGUACCUGUACCUGCAGUACUUCUCCUGGGUCCUCUACCACGUGCUGCUAAUGAUGGUGUCGGCCGGAGUCGCAAAAUACAUCUCACCGCAGGCUGCAGGGUCUGGUAUCCCGGAGCUGAAGGUUACCCUGCGAGGGGUUGUACUGGCUGAAUUUUUCACCUUCCGCACGUUUAUCGCCAAAUUGAUUGGUGUAACUUGUACACUCGCUGCCGGCAACACCAUAUUCCUCGGGAAAGUGGGUCCCUUUGUGCAUAUGGCAACUAUACUCGCUACCCUUCUAGGAAAACUCAUGGUGAAACUUGUCGGUGCAAAAGAGAAUCCGAGCCGGAAGUAUGAGCUGCUUAUCGCGGGGGCCGCUGUCGGCGUGGCUUGCUGCUUUGUGGCUCCAGUUGGGGGGGUCUUAUUCAGCGUGGAGGCCACAGCCACUCACUUCGCAGUGCGGAACUACUGGCGAGGAUUCUUCGCUGCAACAUGCGCAGCUUUAAUGUUCCGACUGCUGGCCGUUAUCAACCACGAGAGAGAGACCGUUGCCAUCCUCUUCAGUACCAAUUGGCGAGUAGAAUUUCCCUUUGACCUUCCGGAAUAUCUGUCCUAUGCACUGCUGGGAGUGGUUUGUGGAUGCCUCUGCUGCGUCUACCUCUUCCUUCACCGCGUCACCCUGCUUUUCCUGCGAAACAACGAACGAAUCGGCACGUUCCUGAGGAAUAACCGGAUAGUCUACGCCGCUUUUGUUUCUUUGAUCUUGGCCAGCAUCACUUUCCCCCACGGAUUUGGCCAGUACAUGGGGGGCACUAGGCUGACCAUGAAGGAACAUCUAGAAACGUUCUUCAACAACAUCACUUGGGGCGUCGAGGAAUUGUCCUUGAGUGUAAAUGCCUCCCGCCAGCCCCCCAAUCCUACCUAUGACAAUAACUGGCUCCAGUGGACGCACCCGCAGAUGUCUGCUAUAGAAAAACUUGCCUGCUUCGUCGUUCUGAAGUUUUUUAUGCUGCUUUUCGCGAAUACCAUGACCAUCCCAGCGGGAUAUUUCCUCCCCGUGUUCGUGUAUGGUGCUGGGGUGGGAAGACUUUAUGGAGAGAUAAUGGCCAAGAUCUUCCCUGAAGGCAUCAUCUCUGAGGGAAUACGUAUCAAGAUCACUCCGGCCGGGUACGCUCUCGCAGGUGCUGCAGCGUAUUCCGGGGCUGUGACGCAUACCCUGUCCACCGCUCUGCUGGUGUUUGAGCUUACGGGGCAAAUGUCCCACAUCCUACCCGUCCUGAUUGCGGUUCUUAUAGCGAACGCCAUAAGCCAAAGCUGUCAGAAUUCGUUCUUCGACCUCAUUAUCAUCAUCAAGAAGCUGCCGUACCUCCCAAAACUCAUCAUGGGAAAGAACUGUGCCCAUGAUAUCUGUGCUGAGGAUUUCAUGGUGACCGACCUGCUCUACUUGGUGAAGGGGUUUAAGUACAAAGAUGUUCGCACCCUCCUAAAGACGUCUGAACUCAGACAGUUCCCCAUUGUGGAUGCAGAAGACUCGAAGAUUCUUCUUGGUUCAGUCACGCGGAAGACCCUAAGCAAGAUGUUGGCGGAUCAGCUCAGCACAGAACGGAGAAUUCAGUUCAUGCUCAAUCAGGGCAUGGGGGAGAAUAUGGACAACAACCUCACAGUGAUUUCUAUGGGAGAGAAUGGAUCUUCUCGGCCCAAACUGCUGAGAGCUGAUGCGGAAGCUGCAGACGCCUUGUACAGCAACCAGGAAACGGUGGUGUAUGAAAGCGAAGAGGUACAGAAACAGCGGCCUGCAGGGAGGAGGCGGCGAUCAAGCAAAUUCCGGAGCCAUUAUAUGAAAUUGGUGGAGGAGUGGGAGUGCCGGCAGCUGAAUGAAGAGGUACCAAUGGAGGAGUUGGCCAUUGAUUCUGCACCGUAUAGACUGGUAGAGAAACAGACUCUAUAUCAGUGCUACGACUUGUUUAACCUGCUUGGUCUGCGUACGGCGUACGUCACUAGUACCGGAAGGCUCAUCGGGGUGGUAUCCCUCCGCGAGCUGAAGGACGCGGUACAAGGGACUGUGAAAGGAACGUUCACCCCCAGAGCCGCCCAGACUGAAGACAGGAGCGAGGAGAUGAUCUCCCUGAACCCGCUCCCCUCCCCGGCACCAAAGUCUUCCUCCUGCUGACACCACCAGCCCCCCGCGAAAACCUGUGAACGGAGGCAAUCCCCCC